UCAGUGUAUCCUUUACUAGAAAUGAGUCUUACUCAUCUGGAAUAAUGGCCCAGGACCUCUGAACGGUGACCUCCAAUGGAAUCUUAUGAGCAUCUUCUUGCUGAGAAGAAAGUGAUGGCAUAAGUGGAAGGAUCCCUUCCACGUGGACAGAGCCUCUCGCUCUGUGACGUGGAGUUGGUUUGAAGACCUGAGGGUAGGCCUUCUUGAGACCCAACAGAGAGUGUGCCCACUAGCACGAAGGUUGACUGGGCUUGGUUUGGAACCCCUCUUUGUGAGAAAAAGGAUCCACUCACCCCAUGCUCCAACUGCCACUCUCUUAACUGUCACUCAGAACCUUGCUUCUCAGUUUUACUACCUGCCUGGCUGUUUGGAUGGCUGCUGGCUCAGCAGUCAGGAGAAGCUUGAGGACCAGGACGCCGUGGACACCAGCUUGGUCAUUUGAGCAUCUUUCAGUGACCUUCAGCUUUGUGUGAAGAUUCCUUUCAUAGACAAGCUCCAGACUUUAUCAUAUAGGGGAAUAUUUCCUUUGUCUUCAAAAUGAAAAUAGACUUGGAGGUCAGUGAGCCGGUCAACUUCAGCUCAGGAGAUCAUCAACAUCUGGUUCAUAAGGCAGCAAUUAAAAGUAACUCCGGCAAACUGGAUCAGCAGCCCUUCACAAGUUCAUCUGGAGACAGGCCACAGGAAGCCAUAAAAUAUCCGUAUCCGAGGAGUAGAGACGGAGCAAACGCCUAUGCAGUACAAAUUUCUGAGGAUGCUACACCCCCAAACGAGAGCGUAAACCUAUCCGGUCCCUUUGAAAACACGUCCAUCCGUAAAGGGUUCAUUGUGAAAGUGUUUGUUGUUCUCUCGGCUCAGCUGCUCAUCACUGCAGCAAUCAUCAGCAUCUUUGUUUUCUGCGAAGCUGUAAGAAAGUGGAUCAUCGCCAUGCCCUGGUUCAUGUAUGCACUCCUCCCAGCAGUCCUGAUUGUGAUCGUUAUACUUGCUUGCUGUAGGGAUAUCCGGCGCCAAGUGCCAGCGAACUACAUUCUCCUGGUAUUCUUUACCAUUCUGGAAGGCCUGCUGCUAGGAAGCAUGUCCGUCUUCUACAAAGCAGAUGAGAUACUGUGGGCCACAGGAGCCACCACUGCGGUGACAUUAGUACUCACUUUGUUUGCACUACAAACAAAAUGGCUGCAUCUGGUAUACUCAGCACUCGGAACACUGCUCUUCUCCAUGUACCUGGUGAUGGACGUGCAGAUGAUGGUGGGGGGGCGCUACCACUAUGAGAUAGACCCCGAAGAGUACAUUUUUGCUGCUCUGAACAUCUACGUGGACAUCAUCAACCUUUUCAUUUUCAUUUUGGACCUGAUUGGGCGAUAGCUGAUGGCUGAAGCUGGCUAAGCCUCAGAAGAGGAAAGGUGGGGCACCCGUGGCAUGGCUACCAGGCUCAGGCGUGCGGUGGUGACCAUUCAUGGGCCCUUUGAAUAGUCACUCAUUUACCAAUUGAUCUGUCUAUUUAUGUCAAUAAAAGCUAAGAAUGUA